AUGCUGUCCUUUUUUCCGGGAGAUGACAAAAACGCCUUUUCGGAAGAUAUAGAAAAUUCGAUAGAAUGGGCCCGAAAUCAGUCACGGCCACGUUUUAUUAAAACUCACCUUGGUAUGGAUUUUCUUCCGAGUCAAAUACACACCGUAAAACCAAAGAUUAUAUUCUCCAUAAGGAACACAAAAGAUGUUGCUGUAUCAUUUUAUCAUCACAUGUGCAAUCUUCACCGAAUGAAUACUUCUUUUCAAAAUUACGUGGACACAUUCUUGGAUGGUACUUUUCCCCCAGGAUCCUACUGGGAGUAUCUGGCGCACUACUCGAAAAUAGUGGAAGAUCCAAAUGUUUUCAUUUUAAGUUUCGAAGAAAUGAAAAAGGACUUCAGGGGGGUCGUUAAGAAUACCGCAAAGUUUCUCGAAAAGGAAAUAUCAGAAGAACAAAUCGACGAAUUAGUCGACUUUUUAAGUUUCGAAAACAUGAAGGACAAUAAAGCGGUCAAUUUGGCACCUGUUUUAGAAAACAUUUCGAAAAUACGCAAUGACCAUUCGACGAGCUUUUUAAGAAGGGGUAAAGUUGGUGAUUGGGUUAAUUACAUAAAUGCAGAGACGUCAGAACGAUUUGACGAACUAAAUGAAAAAUAUUCAAAGUAUGAACUUGUGAGAAGGGCAAACAGUUCUCUUUAA